ACAAAAACGGUUCUCAAAUUCAAAAAAAGAGAAAAAUAAAUCAACAAUAGGCUCGGAAUUUAGGUUUGGUGAAGAACAUUGCGCUUUACAACUGCCUUCACACUCUGGUCUCAUACUCUUCUACAACUAUAAAGCACCUUUGAUCAAAUAAAGUGACAGAAAUUACUAAAUUAAGCUUAAAAAUGGCGAAAGAGAGAGUGUAGUAGUCUCAAAGCAAAAGAUAAUCCCCUAUCUCCAUCAUCUAACUGCUAAAGAUUUCGACUCUUCCUUCUUAAAGCCUUUUAUUCUCAUACCCAUUUUCAUAUUUUCCAAUUGGGUGUUUUUUAUAGCAAGACAUAACACAGACAAAUUACGGGUUUUCUGGGUUUUUUUUAGGAUAAUUACUUACCCAUUUUGUGUUUUUUGGGUUUGAUUUGUUAAGAUUUGAUUUGAUUUUGAUUCUUUCUUUUUUUUUUGGGGUAUUAAUUUCAUGUUAUUUGUGGGUAUUUGAUUUUUUUGGGAUUUUAUUGGUUUUGAUAAGGAAAGAUUGGUGGGGUGGGUUUUAAUGGCUGCGACUGAAGCUAUGUCGUUUAGUGUAGCGUCUGUUGUUGAGGAUGUUCUUCAACAACAUGGGGUUCGUCAAAGAGGUCUUGAUUUGGAAUCCAGAAGAGCAGAGGAAGCUGCUAUCAGAAGAUAUGAAGCAGGCAGUUGGUUGAGGAAAAUGGUGGGGGUUGUAGCUGCCAAAGACCUGCCGGCCGAGCCUUCAGAAGAAGAGUUUAGACUUGGUUUGAGAAGUGGAUUGAUCCUUUGUAAUGUCCUUAACAAGGUUCAACCUGGAGCUGUACCAAAGGUGGUUGAGAGCCCAGCUGAUUCUGCUGUUCUUCCUGAUGGAGCAGCUUUAUCAGCUUAUCAGUACUUUGAGAAUGUGAGGAACUUUCUUGUAGCUGCAGAAGAAAUGGGACUUCCUACCUUUGAAGCAUCUGAUCUUGAGCAAGGAGGGAUAUCAGCAAGGGUGGUGAAUUCUGUCUUAGCUCUCAAAUCUUAUCAUGAAUGGAAGCAGACCGGGGGGACUGGAGUAUGGAAAUUUGGCGGAAAUGUAAAACCUACCACAACUGUGAAACAAUUUGUGCGCACAAAGUCGGAACCUUUCACUAAUUCCCUAAUUAGAAACCCGUCAAUGACAGAGAAAUCCUUGAAUGCUCUUUCUCAUGAUAUUGACACCAACAAAAUGUCAAGUUCCCGGUCUUUGAGUGCUUUAGUACAAGCUCUUUUAUCAGAUAAGAAACCAGAAGAAGUUCCACAGUUAGUGGAGUCCGUUCUUAGCAAGGUCGUGGAGGAGUUUGAGCAACGCAUUGGCUCGCAAAAUGAUUUGGCGAUUCAACCAAGGCAAGCAAAAGAGUUAUCUGCAUCACAUGGGACAAAGUCAUUUAUGAAGAUGGCUUCUACUAAUUCUAAGGUAGGGGAUAGGAGUUACUCUUUGACCAAGAAGCCGGAAAGCAUCGGUGACAAUCAAAUAAGUGCUGAACAAUUGAGAUGUCAAAUGAUGAAGCAACACGAGCUCUUUGAUCGACAAGGAAAAGAUCUCCAGGAGCUGAAACAAACUCUACGUACAACUAAAGCUGGCAUGCAAUUUAUACAAACAAAAUUUCUAGAGGACCUUCAAAAUCUAGGUUCACACGUUUAUGGCCUAGCGCAAGCUGCCAGUGGAUAUCACAAGGUUCUGGAGGAAAAUCGCAAGCUGUACAAUGAAGUACAAGAUCUCAAGGGGAGUAUUAGAGUUUACUGUCGUGUGAGGCCCUUCUUAAGUGGGCAUUCAAGCUAUCUAAGUACUGUUGAAAACUUCGAGGAAGGGAAUAUUACCAUCAGGGCACCUUCUAAGCAUGGAAAAGGACUCAAAUCCUUCAGCUUUAACAAAGUUUUUGGCCCAUCUGCUACACAGGCUGAGGUCUUCUCGGAUAUGCAACCACUGAUUCGUUCUGUUCUCGACGGGUACAAUGUUUGUAUCUUUGCAUAUGGACAGACAGGUUCAGGGAAAACAUUUACUAUGUCCGGACCAAAAGACCUCACCGAACAGAGUCAAGGUGUGAACUACAGGUCGUUGGGUGACUUGUUUUAUCUCGCUGAGCAGAGGAAAGGAACUUUUCGCUAUGAUGUUGCCGUCCAGAUGAUAGAGAUAUAUAACGAGCAAGUCAGGGAUCUUCUUGUUAGUGACGGGCUCAACAAAAAAUUAGAAAUCCGUAACAGUUCUCAAAAUGGACUCAAUGUCCCAGAAGCAAGCCUUGUUCCAGUAUCAUCAACAUCAGAUGUCAUUCACCUGAUGAAUGUCGGACAUCGCAACAGAGCAGUUGGUGCCACAGCUUUGAAUGACCGUAGUAGUCGUUCUCACAGUUGCUUGACUGUUCAUGUUCAAGGGAGAGAUUUGACAACUGGUGCUGUAUUGCGUGGUUGUAUGCAUCUGGUAGAUUUGGCAGGUAGUGAACGGGUUGACAAAUCCGAAGUGACUGGAGAUAGGUUAAAAGAAGCACAACACAUCAACAAAUCUCUCUCGGCCUUAGGAGAUGUGAUUGCUUCGCUUGCACAUAAGAACUCACACGUCCCGUAUAGGAACAGCAAAUUAACGCAACUGCUACAAGAUUCAUUAGGAGGACAGGCUAAGACACUAAUGUUUGUUCAUAUAAGUCCUGAACCUGAAGCUGUAGGAGAAACUUUAAGUACACUUAAAUUUGCAGAAAGAGUAGCCACCGUUGAACUGGGCGCUGCCCGUGUGAACAAAGACAGUACAGAUGUGAAAGAGCUCAAGGAACAGAUUGCCAAUCUUAAGGCAGCCUUGGCGAGGAAGGAUGCAGACUCCGUUCGUUCACACCAAUCAGGAUCCAGCAGCCCCGAGAGAUAUAGAGGGAAAGCUGAUGGUCUUUCACCCUUUCAUUCCAACCAAAAUGGUGGGAAUGUGUUAUUUGAUUGCGGUAGACAACUAAUGGGAGAUAUUGCUAACAGAGAGGUCUCUAACAAGUCUGCAUCAAGAAAAAACCGACAAAGCUUUGAUCUUGAUGAGAUUUUAAAAAAUUCUCCUCCAUUUCCUCCCGUCAAUAGUCCUGGGCCAAAUUAUGGAUGUGAAGAGAAGGGUCUAGAUUCUGGUGAAUGGGUAGAUAAGAUCAUGGUCAACAAGCAAGAUUCACUUCCGAAAACAGGAAACCGUUUAUGCUGGGAAACAGCAGAAAAUGGACACAUGACCGAUUCUUUUUACCCGAAAUAUUUCCCAGAUGGUUCCAAACUAUACUCAGAUCAAUCGUUUAAUAUGUUCAGUGGAAGUAAUGAUUUUGAAGUGACUAAUGCAGACGACUUGGACGAGCUUGAUGCUGCCACCAGCGACUCGUCUGAGCCAGAUUUGCUAUGGCAAUUCAAUCAUAGUAAACUCCCAACACUUUCCCAUGGAAGUGGAUUAAAGUCCAAGAAACUUGAUGGCAAGCCUACAAAGAGUCCUGAAUUGAGUCACAGCAAGUCCAUGAUUCCUGCCGUAUCCCCUUCACCAUCAAGGAAGCUACCGAAUGGAACCCAAAAGAACGGAAGGCAUCAAUCGCUAUCAGCAGAAGCAAAACGACGAGCUGCAAAUAGAAAAUAGUAGAUAAAGUUAUUGUUUUCAAAAGGGUGAAAUCAUCCCCUUGAUUUUCUUCUUUUUUGUGAGGUGUUUUUUAGUCCCUCCGAUUUGGUGGUUGUCGAGUAUUUGAGGGCGAGUGAGAGCGAUAAAUAUGUGUGACAUACAGUAUGAUUUUUUUGUUCAUUUGUAACAUCUGUUACUUAUACAGUUGAGCAAUAAUUCCAGUUGCUUGAAUUUGUAUACAAACUAAAAGAUCUUAAAGGAAGAUGGUUCCACUUGUGUUCAUAAUA